AAACUUAUCGUGAGACCGCCUUAAGAAAAAAAAAACAAAAUAAAAAUAAAAACCCUUCUUAUUUUCUCUCUUCAGCCGCCGCUUUCACAAUACCUCUUCCUCUUCCUUCUUCUUCUUCUACCUUCUUCUCCUCCUAGGUCUCUUUUUCUAUACACACUAAAAAGCUCGCAAAUCUGGCUAUCGAAAACCACAAUCAUAAACUCAACUUCGGGGCCUUCAAGGCCAAUCACAAGAAAGUCAUGGGACCGAUGAUAAGAACAGAAGAGGAAGAAGACUGUACGAUUCCACCGUGGCUAAUGCCAAUGCUAAGAGGGAGCUACUUCGUCCCCUGUUCGAUCCACAUCGAUUCAAACAAAAACGAAUGUAACUUGUUCUGUCUUGAUUGUGCUGGAAAUGCCUUUUGCUCUUACUGUUCAGUCAAACAUAAAGACCAUCGUGUUGUUCAGAUACGAAGAUCUUCGUACCAUAACGUGGUGAGAGUGAAAGAGAUACAGAAGUUGAUAGACAUCUCUUGCGUUCAGACAUAUAUCAUCAACAGCGCAAAGAUUGCGUUCCUCAAUGAAAGACCUCAGCCUAGAAUCGGCAAAGGUGUUACAAACACUUGUGAAAUCUGUUGCAGAAGCCUUCUUGAUUCUUUCCGUUUCUGCUCUCUCGGCUGCAAGCUUGGAGGGAUGAAGAGGGGAGAUACAACUCUAACCUUCUCUUUGAAAGGGAAGCAUGGUAGAGAGUACCAAGGUGGUUCAGAAUCAGAUGAAGCUACAACACCAACUAAGAUGCGCAAGACCAAUGCUUUCAACCGUCUGAUGAGUGGUCUGUCGAUCUCAACCGUUAGAUUUGAUGACUACGGUCCAGGUGGUGGUGAUCAAAGGUCUUCAAGCUCUGGUGAUGAAGGUGGUUUUAGUUUCUCUCCGGGAACACCUCCGAUCUAUAAUCACCGGAACUCAAGCAGACGAAAGGGUGUCCCUCACCGUGCUCCGUUCUAGACAAAAAGAUAAUUAUUACUAAGUUUCAAAACCCCAUAAUAAUAAUUAAUUAUAAAUAUAAAUAGAAUAUGGUAUAAAUACCGAUACAAUGUAUAACACAACUUGGGGUGAAAUUUAGGAGGAUGUAGUCAUAAUGUUGUAAAUGGGCCAGUGUCUUUCUUUUUUCUUAUAGUUUUUUCUAUCUAAAAGAUAAAGGCAAUAUAAUUAGACACAUACAUAAAUACAUUUUUUAUAAAUAUAGAAGAAUUAGGGUUUAUAGUGAAAGUGUUUGUACAAGGUGUUAGACUGUUUAAAAGGUAUGGCUUUUGUGUUGUAUUGUCAUGUAAUUGUGUACAUUAAUUUUUGUUCAUACAAAAAUAAUAAUAUCAAGUGAAAUAUUAUAAAACU